AUGACAAAUUCUUCACCACCAAAGGUCAAUCCUCUCUCCACCGCCGCUGCCGGCAGAUCGGAGUCUCCAGAUGUUCCUGUGAAUGCAGCACAGCAAGAAGCAGAUGCUACUGAAAUUUCAAUGGUUAUUGAGUCUUUGAAACUGCAAGCUGAUGCUGAUCGUCGUGAGUAUGUAAUGAAAAGGAUGGAAGAGAAUCGAAUUAAAGUAGCUGAAAUCACGAGGAAUCGCCACCAGUUGUCCAUUGAAAGAACAAACCAAAUGAAUAUGAACGGAAAUAAAUUCGACAACUUAUUGUCAAGGAGGCAGCAGGAAGCAAUUGAUAUGCAAAAGCGGGGUGAAAUAAGGUUUGGUGGCAGCAGCAGCUCUCAAGAAGAUGAUCCAGUAAUUCCCCUAGGACCUGGCAUUGUACUCAAUAGUUCUGUUCGGCCAAUCAUUCUUCCAAAAGUUGAGAAACUACCUCGUCAUGUUACAUCUGUUUUCAUUGAUAGAAACCAAAGAAGGAUUUAUGAUGACCACAAUGGCUUCAGUGACGAAGAAGAAGAAGAGAGGGAGUUUGCUGGACCUGAAGAUAACAUCAUCAGAAUGACUGUUGAAGAAGUCGGAGCAUCCGAUACUGUCUUCGAUUUACUGGCUAAGCGCUUGUCUAGAGAACCUUGUGAAGUCAAGGCAAGAUAUGAAGCUCUUGUUAGUAGAAAGAAUGCCACAGAAAGCUCUAAACCCGGAGAGACUGACUCCGCUAUGAACGCGCUUCUUGAUAAACGUCUUGAAGAAGCUCAAGCUCCAUUCGACUACCUGUUUUGUCGCCAAUGCCUGAUAUUUGAUUGUAAGUUUCAUGGCCAUGGACAGGAGCUUGUAUAUCCAGUUGAAAAGGGGACUUGGGACGCCACUGAAGAAGAAACUGUCCCAUGUGGGGAAAAUUGUUACUUUCAUUUUCAGGUGAAAGAAAAUGAGGGUACCUCUGAAAAAAAGGUGACAGAUUUUAAUUCUUGGCGAACUUUGGAGAAGGAUCUUUUUAAAAAAGGGUUGGAGAUAUUUGGCAGGAACAGCUGCUUAAUAGCUAGGAAUCUUCUGGGUGGUCUGAAGACAUGUGCGGAGGUGCAUCAUGUUCUCGAGGAUUAUAAGCCAUCAUAA